CAAACAAAAAAAAAAAGAGAAAAUUUAUCUACCCUUCCUAUUCUCUACCUUCACCCCAAAACUCUCUCUCUCUCUCUCCUCUGUUGAUGAUGGUAAGCCAAUUCAGAGAUUUACAUGAACACAAAACUCAUGCAUCUACAGACCAGACUCUUCUCUUUUCUUCCUCUUAACAGGCGUGGCCAUUCUUGCAUUCUCCGCCUAUUGGGGUUGGCUUGUUGAGUCAAUUGAGAAAACCCAUAAUUAAAAAGAAAGGGAAAAACCCUAGAAAUCUUUGAAUUAUUAUGGAAGAGUCAUGUGACAUGCAUUCUGAAGAUGACAAAGCUCUUCCAGACAAAAGCAAGAAAAGAAGGUUCAAGACACCAUCCCAGGUUGAGGCUUUAGAGAAGUUUUAUAAUGAACACAAAUAUCCCUCUGAGGAAAUGAAAGCAGAUAUCGCUGGAUCAAUAGGAUUGACAGAAAAGCAAGUUUCUGGGUGGUUUUGCCACAGAAGGUUAAAGGACAAGAAAUCAUGGUAUGGUGAAGCGGCUGUAAAUGGAAGACAAGAUCGUUCAAGUGGUAUUGUACAGGACCGUGGUAGUGGACAUAGGCAGGAUUCAUGUGGCAGCACAAAACCGGGGAAUAACAGACAUUUUGAUCCUAAGGAGGUAGAAAGUAGAAGGUUAAGUGGUCAAGAUUUCUCAGCUGCUGACCUUGCAUAUGAGCAUGGACAUCAUCCUAAUGAAAAUUCGAGUGAAAUGGAUGAUACAUCUUCAGAAAGUAGCUUGCCUUUACAGCAUAUGAUUCAUCCUCAAAAUGUGGAUCCUUUGGAUAGGGCAACUUCCAGAUACGUAUCACAGAAUGAAAACAUUACACCAAUAAAUUCAAUGGGCAUAAGAACCAGAACUGGGCCAUCCGGAUAUUUGAAAGUGAAGGGUCCGGUUGAAAACACUGCGAUUACUGCUGUUAAGAGGCAACUGGGGAUGCAUUAUCGGGAGGAUGGCCCACUGCUUGGUGUUGAAUUUGACUUGCUUCCCCCAGGUGCAUUUGAGUCUUCAAUUAAGGAUCCAGUUGAUGAACCUUACUACGUCGGUGAUCCUGAUCUGCGCCACUCACCGGAUGUUCCCAGAAUCUGCAACCAACCUAAUUCUGGCAUGCCUAAGCAGAGGCACGAAGCAUACAAUUCCAAGAUGAGCUCACAUGACUCAGAUUUGGAUGGAACUGGCUUCAAAAUGAUGGGUGGCUCAGAUCAUCGUGAAAAUUGUUUUGGCCACCAAUCCAAACCAAAGCAACCUCUUUUACCCAAUCACAGUAAUCUUUUUCCCAGCCGGAAAUCAAUAGAAAUGGAUGAAGGUUCUGCUGGUGGAAUGCCAGUUUAUGAAAGUAACAAGCUUUGUAAGAUGAGGGCCAAGUAUGAUGUUGAAGGGAGGAGAAUCGAUUCUGGUUCUAGCCAUCGUGGGCAUCCCUAUGGCCGAAAAGUUACUGGUGGACAAACGGAGCCUUGGUUGUACAACUCUGAUGAUGUCAACCUUGAGGAUUCCCAGAGAGAACACUUGGAAUCUAAAUAUUCAAAUGUAACACUCAAGCACAGUGAAUCUCUUGAUAUGGAGGAUAGAGGGCUUUCGAGAAGGAUGACCAAGGUUGCCAAGAGGGACCGGAAUGAGUUUCCACAGCAACAGUCUGCAAGGAAAGCUUCAAUGGCAGAGACACCACUGUGGACAAAUCAGAUGAAAAGAUCUGCAGUGGAGAUCCCAUCUAGUUUCAGUGAGGAUGAAACUGCAGAAACUGGUUCUUCUGUGGAUUGAGAAUCAGCAGCGGAUGGGGAAAAGUUGAAACGGGUUUCAGAAGAUCGUCUAUGACGGAGAGAGUGAAGAUCCUGAAACAUGUCAUGUUCUUAGGUUGUACAGUUCAACACAAUAUGCUUUACAUUCCAGAAGCAGGAAGCACUGUUAGGAAGAUUUUAAGUGGCAGCAUAGAUGCUUCAGUUAAUUGUUUGCAACCAGUUUGUUUGCCCUCUUCAGUGCUUACCUGUAUCAAUUUUGUACAUAGCUGUUUUUAUUUUUAUUUUUUUGAAUCUUGCCGAGGAUGAUAAAAGAAAAAUGAAUUGAUAAUGUUUUUGAAGUUUGGUUGUAAAAUCUCAACUGCAUGUGCUGCAUGUGAUUGUUAGACAUAAA